CGCCUCACACACACAGGCAGCCAUAUACGAUACGACAACAAUGGAGCAAGCGGCCAGCAGCGCACAGGAGGAUCUCAGCCUCGAGCUCACCCUGGCCUUUGCCAUGUGCGUGGCGCCAGCCCCGCCCCGCCCGGGCUUCUUCCUGUGCGUCUACUGUGACCGCAAGUUCGGCAACGCGCAGGCACUCGGCGGUCACCAGAACGCGCAUAAGCAAGAGCGCGCCGUCGCCAAGCUCCGCCGGGACGCGUGGAGGGCUGCUGCAAUUUCUCGGAUCUGCGGGGAGCCUGCUGUAAGCUCCGUGGCGUACAAGCGCGGCAGGAGCUCAUCGGAGCGCGACCACGAGCUGGACUUGUCUCUCCGGCUGUAACCGGUUGCCAGAUCGAUCAAACCAUUUCAGUAUCCAUGGUCUGCACCCCUUUCCGGCGCUAGGUAUGUUAGAGUCUAGCUACAACCAUUUGUUUCAAGGUCCUGCUGUGUAUGCGUUGGAUUCAUGUCUGCCCUCUUGUAGUUUAUUGGACAUUUGUUUUCAAGGUCUAGACCUUCCUGGUUCUUGGAUUGACACUAUAUUUCGCAAAUCAUCAGACUAUAUCUAUAUGAUCUUGGCGGCUAAUGACGUUGCCAGAAAAAUCUGGAUCUAUAUAAGUCUGAAUGUUCACUUUAGGGGCAUUUAGAAGACAUUGUGAAACUAAGGACAUUGGUCAACACCAUGUUGAUAAGUGCUCCUUCUAUCCCAUAAUAAGCGUCACUGUUUUAGUACAACUUUACACGGAGUACUAGUUAGCUUCCAUACAA